AUUCAAACAAAUAUUUUAUUUUCAAUUAUGAUUUCAAAAUGCAUUCAACGCCUGAUUUGUGCCGAUAUUUAAACACUGUUUAAAUGGUUUGCAAAACACAUUACUAUUAACUCUGAGUCUAAAACCAUAUGUAGUUUAUAUCGUAUCUAACGAACUACUGUAUUGUUGAACAAAUUGAAUGAUAUCUGCGUUAAAGCAAAUCAGAGCCAAUAAAUUGCAUAAAUACUAUAAAUCAGUAUUUAUUAAAUCAUUUGAAUCGUCAAAAACAGAGCAAUCGAUGGAUUUGUCGACAAAUGCGAAACGCUUUUGUCCGGAAGCGGAGGAAUGUGGGAACGGAAGGGCACGUGUGGGCACUCACGACGGCAUCUUUCAUUGCGACGAAAUACUCGCCUGUUUUCUGUUGAAACAAUUGUCUCAGUAUUCAAACGCACAGAUCAUUAGGACGAGAGACGAGUCCGUACUGAAAGAGUUAGACGUCGUGGUAGACGUGGGAGGCGUUUACGAUGCGAACCGUCAUCGCUAUGAUCACCACCAAAGAGACUUCACUCACACUCUUAGCUCUAUUCUCACC